CACACACCCCAACCCCCCACCCCCUCCUGUGCUGUCGCUUCAGUAAUCGAGUGUCGAGCUUCACGAUCCGCGCCUCUGCAGCCACCAUGCACGGUCCCUGUUGUCACGCUGUGGGAUUCUCGGUAAACAUCGGGGAACGCACACGGAGCUGCAGCGGGAGGACAACCGCACACCCCGCAACUUGUUAGCGUGUGUGUGCGUGCGUGCGUGCGUGCGUGUGUCAGGAGGCGGGCUGUGUUUUCGACAUGGAUGUGUCUUCUUCUACUCAACACACACGACUCCGUUCUGCGCGUGACCCUGGGAACCACAUAGCGCAGAGAGUGACGCGCUAAUCAUCUGGAUGAAAGGCGAAAGUGGGGUUGGAUGGCCAUGGACCCAUUCAGCCAGCUUAUCCUCACCAUCUCAGUGACCAGUUUCCUCACUUUCCAGUGGCUCUUCCACAAAGUCAGCCCCUGGGUGUCCAUACGAAUCAGCCCUGGCUUCCUCAGCCUCAGUGACAAGCAGAAGGUGGAAUGGAACUCGAGGACAGUUUCAACGUUUCACGCACUGUUGGUGGGAAUCUUCUGUCUCUACAUCUUGUUCUUCGAUGAUGCCGUCAACGAAGACCCAGUCUGGGGAGAUCCUACACUGGUGAAGACUAAUGUUGCCAUCACAACAGGCUACCUCAUAUCUGAUCUGCUGCUAAUAAAUUACUAUUGGAAGGCGAUAGGCGACAAGUUUUUUGUAGUUCACCAUCUGGCAGCGUUGUAUGCUUACUACUAUGUACUGGGCGAAGGAAUGUUGCCUUAUUUUGCUAACUUCCGUCUGCUCGCUGAGUUUUCUACACCAUGUGUGAACCAGCGCUGGUUCUUUGAGGUACUAGGUUACCCCAAGUCCUCCCGGCCCAACAUGGCAAAUGGCGUUGCCAUGGCAGUAGUCUUUUUCGCAGUCCGGAUCGCUGUCAUGCCAGUCUACUACAGUCGCAUGUAUGCAGUCUAUGGCACCGAGGCCUUCUACCUUGUGCCGUGGGGUGGCCGCGUAGCUUGGAUCUGCUCCAGCAUCUGCUUGGAUGUCAUGAACAUUAUGUGGAUGCAUAAGAUCGCCCGUGGCUGCUACAAGGUGUGGCGCUCGGCUCACCGGAGCAAAGCCGGCACGCCUCAGGAGAAUGGGAAGACGGAUUAAGGGAACAGGAAAGUCCGUGGCCACGAUAUGGACAAAAAUGACGUCACUCUCAGUGCACUGGUGAGCAACAGGUCGGACCCUCAUGUCGAGCUGCUUCAGCAGUAGCACAUCUGGGAUUUGUGACAUUAAAAGGCUGAAUGUAAUGAGGGAAACUGAGAUUCCUUUUGGAAAGUGGGUACAGUCACUGAGUUGUACCGAUGGACCAAUUAACUGGCCGUCCUUAAGCCAUGAAAUGACGUCUUAGCAAUACUCUGCGUGCAUGGCCACUUUUUCUCUUGAACAAUUUUACGACUCCACAAAAGAGGGUGUGCGGGGACAGCGGACUGUUAGCCCAAACCACAAAUUGUCAAAAAGUUUACCGUUCUUUACAUAUUUAAUGCUCAACACAUUAAUUUGAGUUUUUGUCAACAAAGAGGCAAACAUUUGAGGGAACCGCAAAAUAAAUGUAUUGGUCAGUGCCAUGCAAUCAUUGGGAGAGGCCUCUUGAGGGAGAAGAGUCUAGCAUCUCUUACCCGCCCCCCCCUUUCUUUUAGAUGCAGGUACUUGAUUGAGAUGCAUAAUGGGUAAUCAGAAGAAGUAUGAAUACAUCACCUGGUCACUCACUUGUUUUCAUUCACUUAAAAGUUUCAUUAAAAAAAAACAGCCUUUAAGAAAUGUAUGGCGACGUUGUGAGUGUCUUGGUGGCAUUUGCAUUCGAACGGUUAAUUUAAAUUAUAUAGGGGUGAAGGGCAUCAGUGCCACAUAUGUAGUCGAACAGGACACUGAUGUGUUCAGGGUACAUCAGUGCAGAAGUGCUAAAAGGGAAACUGAAUGUCAAUACUGUGUUUUGUUUUUGUUUUUUUUUACUCUUGAUAUUGCAAUGCAAGGACCGUAACCGUUAUGACAUAGAGGCCACAGUUACCAUCCGAUUUGUAAAUACACAUGAAUCAAUGUGACAUGCCACAUUAACACCAAUAUCUUGUCAACACUCUUCUCUGGAAGUCUGCUUUUUUAAAAUUUAUUUCACGUUGUGCAUUGUAUGUGAAGGGGUGAAACUGACCUUUAGUGCGGAUGUGGAAUCUGUGUCAUAGACAAACCUAAUGUUCCAUGAAGAGUUAUGAGCUGUGUCUCAAUUCAGGGGCUGCAUUGGAGGACCGGUUGCGUCAUGGUGGCAAGAUUAGGCCGUUUAAUUUCAAAGACCCCUUCAAACAUGGACGACAAAUGAGUCCUUUUAUCCCCAAGAAAUAACUUCAAUGGGUGGAACUAUCCCAAUCUAUCCCAGAAUUCAUUGUGUUUUACUGUUUUUCAAAGAGGUAAUGCCUCCGGCAUGUAAUGAGACAUCUGAUGCUUAAGUAUCACACUUCAAGUCAAACGAACAGCUAAUGAUGCGCAUGUUAAAAAAAAUCAAGGGGCAUUCAAACUUUCUCGCUGUAUCCAACUUCAGCUCUGUUGCUAAGUAACAGCAAUAAGGGCGGGAUGAGCUGGUGACACCGAUCAUGGAAAUCCUCUAUAGACCAGACCGUCUCAUUGUGGUUCAGCCUUAGCGGUCUACCCAGCCUACCAAGACCGCCUCCUCUAUUGUCCGGGUAGACUGCGUCCUCUGAAGGAGGCGACCCGUGAAUUGGGACACAGCUUUGGUUGGAGGUUUAUAUAAUAUUCACACUUCCUCUUAAUUAUUUCUUUAUAGGCACAAACUGUUAAUUUGACCCCUGGGCCACAAUUGUCAACAAGCUGCAUGCUGCUAUGUGUUUUACAAUUGAGGAGUAAGUUGUUUUCAGUGUCAAAAAUCUGUGUUUCAUACAGUUUAAAAGUUUGUGUCAGAAAAUGUUUAAUAAUCAGAAAGAGCAUUGUAUUAAUACCAGCCUCUGCCUCCUGUUAUAUAUGAUUUACAAGCUGGACACAAGGAUGGUGUUUUAAGUUUUUUUUAAGUGUUUUCAGUGGGUCUAAGUUCUACUUGUUUUGUGACGCAUCAUUCUACUGACCACCAUACAACACUGAACACACGGAACAACUCAGCUCAAAGGUAUUAAAGGUAUGUGUAUCAUCUGUUUAGAAAUUAAAAGUUGCGAUUCAUCGGUGAUCCAUGAUAACUACUUGAAUUUUGAAUUGUAAAUGUGUCUUUUUAUGAGCUGUACAUCAAAAGCUGUCAAAUGUGAAAGCGAAACAGGGAUUGCUAAUAUGCCUUGCUUUGUGUUGAGAACUUUUAUUUUGUGGCCUUUUUUUGUUGCAAAUUAUUGUUGCACGGUGAAUAUUUUGUUACACGACUCCUCACAACACUGUGAUUUACUUGUGUUUUUUUCCCAUGUCCAAUGUGAUUGUUAAGCCUUUUGUAAUAGAGCAGUUUCAGAUGUAAAAACCAAGAGGCUUCACGAGGCUGGUUGUUUUGACGCUUUUGCUUUUGUUACGGAUUUUAAAAUUGACAAACCAACAAAACAAACAAAAGACCUUACAUUGAUGUGCCAGUGCUUGAUCCUUUUACAAUUCCAUGGUUAAAAAAAUCUUUUGGUGUCGUCGUAGGAUGAUGCCGGUUUUGUUUUCCAUGCAGCGGUGCCAACUCGCAACCACGAGUCAGUGGUUCUGAUUAGUUCUGUUCACCAUGCAUGCUGUGGCUGGUCACAGCAGCAAUGUUUAGGCUCGUUUUCGUUUGCCAUCGUAAGACAUUUCAGUUGGCUCCAUUAAACCAGUGUGUUUUUUGGAUCAGGGUGGAUUUAUGUAUGUAUGUAAGGCAUAUGUCAUCUACAUCACAAGAGAAUAUCACUUAUCUCACAUCUUAAAGAGCAUUGAGAAUGUGGCGUCUUAAUACGUCAGUGGGAUUCCAUAGAAAAUCUUGCAAGGGUUUCAGGACGGCAGCAGACGGCCACUUCUGGUGGAAGUGUGCGGCUCUGAACAGGGUCAUGCAUGGUCAAUGUCUUCAUGCAUUCUCUAUUACUGCAUGUAGUAUUGCAUGGGUAUGCACUGUAAAACAAGCAUAUACACUUGUGAGACUAAUUCUGUUCUUUUUUUCUUAGUACAUGUACAUAAUGUUUACUUAAGCUUUAUUCUUGUACUGUGUCACACAAUGUAAUCCACAAAUGACAAUGAUGAUGGUGUGGGGGAAAAAAUUUAAAAAUUUAAGUCCAAUAUCCAGCACAGAAGUAAAUCGUUAAGGGAAUACUUGAAUAUAAAUCAGCACAGUUUAUAAGAACCUGGGCAGUGCAAAUAAACCUGUAUACUAUGAGCAUCUUGCAACAUACGCGUACCAUUGUCUUUAGUUUAUUAAUCUUAAGAGAACAAAACAAAGCAGACAAUAAUUAUGGAAACAGAGCGUGGCGCCUUUGUCUGCUCUGAAUGUACAGGAGAGAUGUAGGUGGAGAGUUUGGUGACGUUCCAUGAAUGUGUUGGAGAUGAGAAAAUAUUUGUCACUUGCAAUUUUUUUUUCACUUAUCCAUUACAAUAAAUACCAAAUUAACCCUC